AUGUCUUUGUGUUCAGCCACCAGGAGCGAUGCUUGCCGGUUGUUGUUCUUCUUCCUCCUUACUUUUCUUCUUCGGUUUCUGGCAGACGAGAAGCAGCUAAGGCACACUGCUGCCCCCUACAGACCCGGAGCCCCUCCCCCUGCAGCGCGCUCACUCCCGUCACCUAGCAACAGUGUCCAACAACAGUCUCUGCUCCUAAACCCACUGGGGAAUUUGGACACCUUUCAGCAGGACUAUUACUGGAGGAAGAUCAGCAAGAGUCUAACUUACUCACACACCAGCACGAUGGAUAUAGAUGGCACAGAAUCGGAGCUGGCCAAACUGCAGAGACAGUUUAAGAUCAUGGGCAGAGAUUUGCAGGCCUACAACACCCGGGCGCAGGAGCAGAUUCGCAAACAACGGCAAGAGGUAGAGCGGCUGCAGAGAGAGCAGGAGGAACUGCAGAGAAGUCUGCAGAUGUAUGAGAAUGUGUCCCCGCGGCAGAAGGGCAGUGAGGACGCCCAGAGACUCUGUGCAGACCUGGGGCAGGUUGAGGAGGAGCUGGAGAGGGAGAAGCAGUGUCAGAAUGAACUAAAGAAGGAGAUCUCGGACAUGGAGAAGAAGCUGACCGAGCUGAGAAAAGGUACCGUUGACACACACAAGUCUGAGGCACAGCGGACUCAGAAGGCCAUACGCACCUUGGAAAACAAACUACACAGAGCCACUAUUUGCUUCAAUGAGGAGAUGACUGCAAACAAACAUCUGAGAGAAGAGUUGGAGAAUCUGCAGGUGGAGCGUUCCUCUUUCCAGAAGCUGUACCACAGGCUGGUCAAGGAGCUGCAGGAUAUCCGCAAGGACAUUGGGAAAACCGUUACCCUGUCUAUUGCUGCUCACGAUGCCAGGGUGGAGGCUCAGUCCAAGAUAACCAUGAUGAAGGAAAAGGCGGUGAAGGACCUUGGCCAGCACAAUGCUGAGAUGAAAGAAGCGGAGAAGGUUAUUGCACAUGAGCGGCUCCUCAAAGAGUUUAUGACCACCAAGUGCAGCGAGAGGACGGGCCAGGAUGAGGAUCAGGAGAUGGGACGCAGACAGUUAUCAGGGCUGAAGGAGCACAAGCUGACUGGCUCAGGGGAGGAGUCAGUGGAGACUCUGCAGGAGGUUUUUGAGAGGAUUCAGGCUGUGACAGGAGAGGACAACCUGGACAUGCUGGUCACCAGGUUCAUCCAGGCUGAGGACCAGAAUUUUGCUCUCUUCAAUUUUGUGAAUGAACAAAACACUGAGGCUGAGGCACUGAUGGAGCAAAUCAACCAGAUCCAGGCUAAAAUGGAGCAGUUUCAAGUGGAACGUUUACAACAGAAGGAAGUCCAGCAGACUUUGCUGAGAGACAUUGAGGGGUGUCAGAGGGGGACAGAAUCCAAAGCUGAGGAGUAUGAAAAAGAAGCCAGCGUUGUGAGCAAAACCCUGGACCAGAUUAAAACAGGGUUGAACAGCAUCUUGUCCAAGCUCGAGUGUGACCGCUCUGUGUUAGAAGAUAAGCUGGGCUCCUCUGCAGGGAUCAGCGAGAGCAACAUCAUGUCCUACGUGGGUCUGGUGGAAGAGAAGACCAAUAAGCUGCUCACUUUGCAAGCUUUCAUCAACUCCAAAGAUGCAGACAGAGACUACAAUCCAGAAGACCUGGCCAUGUCCCUGUUGGGUCAAAACCUAGGAAUGCUUAAGGAGAAUACUAUGAUCCAACCACCAAUCAUUGAAGAGGAAUCCCUCCCUGAUGAAGAAGGACGGCCUCUUUCUCAGGAUGAACUUUGUGAAAGGAUUAUGAAAAGCCUUCAGGUGUAAGAGGGGCCGGUCGGACGAGCCUAUGAGAUCAGCCAGCAGUUCACCAGCAGACAGACGCCAUUUGGAAGACUUUUAAUGUCAAAUUAAAUGAAAAACCAAAGAAAUUAAGUGAGAUCAAAGCAAAUCACCCAAUGUAGGGAAAACAUGCUCAAGUCAUUAUCUGGAGAGAAAAGGCCCUCUCUCUAAAUUUGUGGAGCGAUCAGAGACUCACAACAUGGAAACAUCUCACCAGAACCUUUCUAUUCUGUAGAGCACAAUUCUCACUCUCAAGAGAAUAAAAAAACUUUUUCUUUUGA